CCGGAAGCGCGCAGAGACCUGGGAGAACAGUGGCUUUAAUGGGCUGGCGGGGCUUCCGCUUUGGGAGGCCCUCGAAGGUAGCAGGGAGGGGCCGGAGCCGCUGCUCAUCCCUAUGGCGGCCGAACCGGAGCCUGGCGAGCCCGGGAAAGGGAAGCCCUUUAAACUUCUGGGGAUUUUAGAUGUCGAAAACAUUCCCUGUGCACGGGAUUCGAUAUUAUAUGGUUCAUUAGGAUCUGUUGUGGCUGGCCUUGGACAUUUUUUGUUCACUAGUAGAAUUAGAAGAUCCUGUGAUGUUGGAAUAGGAGGAUUUAUUUUGGUGACUUUAGGAUGCUGGUUCCAUUGUAGGUAUAAUUAUGCAAAGUUAAGAAUCAAAGAAAGAAUUGCCAGAGAAGGAAUUAAAAAUAAGAUUUUAUAUGAAAGCACCCACCUUGAUCCUGAAAGAAAACAAACUAACAGCAACAGCAGCACUUGAGCAGAAAAAAACAAAAUACAAUUUACUGAAAUCAGUGUGAACAAAACUGACAUCAACUACAUAAAACAUUUUAUGUACAAUAAGAAAGGUUUCAAUCAAGUAAAGUAUGUAUAAGUUGUAGUCUCUUUUUACACUUGUAUAAAUACUUGCAAAUGAACUCUGGCUCUGUAUGUACUUCCAAUCUAGCAUUCUUAAAAGUGUUACUUACAGUGGAGUUUUCAUACUAUUGGCAAUGUGAUGAAGAAUAAAAUUGUAAAACCUAGAA